GGGCGCCUUUCUCUUUAAGAGCCCCACAGGCGAUCGUGAUUGGCUGUAGCUAUGCAGGUCUUUCUUCCCGGCUCCCUCCGAGCGCUGCCUCCCCCGCCGCUUUCUCGGCUCUCCUUUCACACCCUCUCCCCCAGCUCCUCCGCGCCCCCUCCCGCCCCUGGUGCUCGCCCCCUCUUCCUUGCAGCCUAGUUCAGCCCCAGCAGCGGCAUGGGUAAUACGCCAGCAACAGAUGCCGGGCUCCCAGAUUUGCAUCCUUAGGCCACGCUGAACGUCUGCGGAAGAGAGAAGGAACCAGAGGAGGGCCGGGAAGGCGGGACGGGAGGUGCAAAGAUCCCCUCUAAAAGGCUGAAGCCCCCGCCCCCACCGGAGAGCUCCGCGCCCGCACAGCGCUGCCUGCUUGCUGUCGCGCCGCCAGCGCCCACCUCUCCCCAGCCAUGCCAGGCCGGGCCGUCGACUGGGAGAAGGUCCCCUUCCGCAACGCCACGGAGGAAAUCCGUGCGGGGGUCGAGGGCUCGCAGGGCGGCGGCGGCCAGGAGGGGCCGGGCGCACGCUGGCAGCGGCAGAACAUCGUCUGGAGGAACGUCAUCCUGAUGACCCUGCUCCACUCGGCUGCCGUGUACUCCUUGGUGCUCAUCCCCAAAGCCAAGCCGCUCACUUUGCUCUGGGCCUACUUCUGCUUCCUCCUGACUGCUCUGGGUGUGACCGCGGGUGCCCAUCGCUUGUGGAGCCACAGGUCCUACAAGGCCAAGCUGCCUCUGAGGAUAUUUCUGGCUGCUGCCAACUCCAUGGCUUUCCAGAACGACAUCUUCGAGUGGGCCAGGGACCACCGUGUGCACCACAAGUACUCGGAGACUGACGCUGACCCCCACAACGCCCGUCGGGGCUUCUUCUUUUCCCACAUCGGGUGGCUGUUUGUUCGCAAGCACCAAGAUGUCAUUGAGAAGGGGAGAAAGCUUGACUUCACUGAUCUGCUGGAUGACCCUGUGGUCCGGUUUCAGAGAAAGUACUAUAAGAUCACCGUGGUGCUCAUGUGCUUCGUCCUUCCCACGCUGGUACCCUGGUGCAUCUGGGGAGAGAGUCUGUGGAAUGCCUACUUCUUGGCCUCUAUCCUCCGCUAUACCAUCUCACUCAACGUCACCUGGCUGGUCAACAGCGCCGCCCACAUGUAUGGAAACCGACCCUAUGACAAGCACAUCAACCCUCGGCAGAACCCACUGGUCACUCUGGGUGCCAUUGGUGAAGGCUUUCACAAUUACCAUCACACCUUUCCCUAUGACUACUCUGCAAGUGAAUUUGGCUUAAAUUUCAACCCAACCACCUGGUUCAUUGACGUCAUGUGCUGGCUGGGGCUGGCCACUGACCGCAAACGGGCAACCAAGCCAAUGGUCGAGGCCCGGAAAGCCAAGACUGGGGAUGGCAGCACUUGAUCCUGGAGCUUCCAUCAAAUACGUCUGCUGUUGACACUUUGGUUCAUGCCUUCUGUUGCUAUAGUUCUUUUGUCCAUUGGAUGGGGGAGGGUGUAGAGGGUGGGAGGGAAUGGAAUCUAUGUGGCUUGGAAAUUUUUUGUUUGUCUCAAAGUCAAGACAAAACUAUCAAUGAAAAAAAAUUUUUAAGUUAAUGUAACUCUGAUUUAACAUUAAAGCUUGUACAUGUGAUUAAAUUGCUGUAGGUACAAUAAGUCAAACAUACAUUGUCAUGUGCUUGUACAUAAUGUUAACCCUGAUAGGAUGAAUGAAUUUAAUAUUCUUUCAGUAGGAUUCAGGAAAACAUUUGUUUUCUUUUCCAUCAGCUAACCCAGAAUUAUUUUUAAACACACUAUCUGAAGGAGCAGAGAGGCAGGGUAGAAGACAAAAGAGGGGAGUCCUCGUAGUAACUAAAGAAUGUUUCUGUUUUGUAAUUAUUGUGUGUGUUUCUAUUGUUUUUUAAGUUAGAGAAUUGAACACUUCUUAAAAUGAGAUACAGAAAAUGUCUUUUUUUUGGCCCUGUUUACAACUUGUUAAUGCCCCACUGUCUUUGCUUCAAAAGAGAUCUGUUUACUGCCCAGCUAGUUUUGUGCCCAGCCGACCCUAUAAAUCAAUGCCUAUUUAGGUGUUUGAUUUUUUUCUGUUUGUUGUUGUCAUUUUAAAGGUAUAUAACUCAGAUGUGCCAGACAUCAAAUUAAGAUCUCAUUUCAAUGUUUAGGUACCUAAUUUAUAUUCUAAUUGAUCCCAGCCACUAAUGCAUGUACUUUAGCUGCUUCUGCAAAAUAAGCAUAUUAAUUUUCCAUACCAGGCCAUCAGAUCUUAAUAAC